UUAAUGGAACAAGACCAGAACAAGGUGAGGUCUCAGAGAAAGUGUGCCUUGUUGCUGGUCUUCCCUUGGCCAAAGAGCUCUUACUGUGACUCAGGGCACAACUAGGACACUUAACUGAGUUGGGGUCACUGCCCAUUUCCCGAGAACAGCAGAAAAUGACGAAGUCUCAGGUAGCAUUGUUAUUCAAGGAUGUUGCCGUGUACUUCACCUUGGAGGAAUGGCAGCUGCUGGACUCUGCUCAGAAGGACCUGUAUUGUGAUGUGAUGUUGGAAAAUUAUAGCAACCUGGUAUCAGUGGAAGAAUCCUGGCAAAUUAAUCAUCCCACUCGGCACCAGGAAAACAUUGACAAGCUUGACCCUAUGGAGCGACAGCAGGAAUGUGAUGUGCUUGGAAAAAUAUUUCAUCUGAGGAAAAACUUGGAUAAAUUUCAUUCAUACAGAAAAACCUUUAAACAUAAUUUUAAUUUGCUGUUCAAUAGCACACAUUUUGUCACUAAGAAAACUAAAGAAUUAAAUGUACCUGAGAAAUUAUUUCUUUGUACUACCCAUGAAAACAUUCACCCUGGAGCUAAUUGCAAUGCUUGUAGACGAGCUGCCAGUAAAAAGCCACGCCUCAACACAAAUCGUAGAGAAAUGAAAUUUUACAAAUGCAGUGAAUGUCAGAGAUGCUGUAACCAUGUGUCACAGCUCCUUCUACACCAGAGGAUUCACACACGAGAGAAAUCCUUCAGGUGCAUUGAAUGUAGGAAAGCUUUUGUGUGGAAAAGUCACCUCAUUUUACACCAGAGAACUCACACAGGAGAGAAACCUUUUGGAUGUAAUGAAUGCGGAAGACUCUUCUCACAGAAAUCACAGCUUAUUGUACAUCAGAGAACUCACACAGGAGAGAAAACUUAUGAAUGUGGUAACUGUCCCAAAGCUUUUAUUCGGAAGGCCGACCUUAUUUUACACCAGCGAACUCACACAGGAGAGAAACCGUAUGAGUGCCGAGAAUGUCAAAAAGCCUUUAGUAGUAAGUCUCAACUCACUAUACACCAGAGACGUCAUACAGGAGAGAAACCCUAUGAGUGCAGCGAAUGUGGGAGAACGUUCCCCCAUAAAUCCAGUCUAAUUUUACAUCGGAGAACUCACACAAGAGAAAAACCCUAUAAAUGCAAUGCCUGCCAGAAAACCUUCAUCAGUAGGGCGCAUCUCAUUAAACAUGAGAAAACUCACACAGGCGAGAAACCCUAUGGAUGUGAUGAAUGUGGGAAAACUUUCUCUCUCAAAUUUAAUCUCACAUUACACCAGAGAAUGCAUACAGGGGAAAAGCCCAACCAAUGUAGUCACUGUCGGAAAGCUUUCAUUCGGAAGUCCCAGCUCAUUGAGCAUCAGAGGACUCACACAGGAGAGAAACCCUUCGCAUGCCAAACGUGUCAAAAAGCUUUCACCCGGAAGUCAGAGCUCCUUUUCCAUCAGAAAAUUCACACAGGAGAGAAACCGUAUGAAUGCAGUCAAUGUCAGAAGGCUUUCAUGAGACAGUCAGAACUCAUUUUACAUCAGAGGAUACAUACAGGAGAGAAACCUUAUGAGUGCAAUCAAUGCCAGAAAGCCUUCAGAACAAAGUCCCAACUCAACAUACACCAGAGGACACACACAGGAGAGAAGCCCUACAGAUGCACUGACUGUGGGAAAGUCUUCACACAGAAGUCGCAGCUUGUUGUGCAUCAGAGAACUCACACAGGAGAGAAACCGUAUGAAUGCAGCCAGUGUCAGAAAGCCUUUAGCACCAAGUCCCUACUCACCAUACACCAGAGAACUCACACAGGAGAGAAGCCCUACAGAUGCAGUGACUGUGGGAAAGUCUUCACACAGAAGUCGCAGCUUGUUGCGCAUCAGAGAACGCACACAGGAGAGAAACCAUAUGAAUGCGGUGAUUGUCAGAAAGCUUUCAGCCGUAAGUCACCCCUCAUUAUACACCAGAGAACCCACACGGGAGAAAACCCCUAUGUUUGUAGUGAAUGUGGGAAAGGUUUCACCUGGAAGCCUGGCCUCAGGAGACAUCAGAGGACCCAUAAAGAAGAGAAGCAUUAUGAAUGCACUGAAUGUGGGACAUCUUUUAGUGUCAAGGCACACCUCGGUGCACAUCAAAAAACCCAUAUAAGCAAGAAAUCAUAUGAAUAUAGGAAAAUAGGAAAGCAUUUAGGGAGAUCGUUUCAUCAUGAGAGCACAGCUGUGUAAGAGAAAUUGUUUAUAUCCAGUAGUUGAAUAAAAAUAAUCAUCUGGUCAGGGUUAGAGAACUAAAAUGAGAGAAGCCUAACCUAAUGCAGAUAAUAAAUUAGAUAAAACGUCACAGUACGUGCCAACCCCCAGCCAGUCCUGGGGCUUUGGGGCUCGGCUCAAGGGGAGUCCCUCUGGGACAUGAGGGCGCAGUGAGUGGUGUAACCCUUUGCUGGACAUGCCUACAGAGUAGGGUACGCUGGGCCCCUCUAGGGUUUCCUGUAUGGGCUCCAAUCAAUUUCUUCCCUUUUUCUUAAAAAAAAAAAAAAAGUAACAGUAAGCAGUAGGUUGCAGUUCAUUGUUUAUCAGGACAAUACAUCUAUGAAAGAGAUCUUGUGAGUACAGCAUGUAUGACUGUUUUUACACAGAUGUCAAAGCUUAUAUUGCAGACAACCACUAUAAAUGUUGCAAUUUUAUGAAAACUUCCCUAAAAAUGUAUAAUAUUUUAUAGCAGAGGAACAUAUAUGGGAAAGGAACUAUUCACAUGAAGUGAAUGCUGGGAUAUUUUUAUUCAUUAAUCUCUACUGCUCCAGAGAAUUUACACCUGAGUGAUGAGUAAUGAGAAUAAAACUUCAUUAAAAGUUACACGCAAAAAGGUAUUAGAAAACUUACAUUUUUUAAAAUUAUGGAAAAGGUAUGUUUAACAGAUAAUGCACAUAUAAAUGAAUGUGGGGAUGAUUGUACCUGUUAUUUAGGAAACAUUGACAGGUCAUUGAAUUAUGGAGAGGAUUUCUAGAAAUAAUUUUGUAAGAAUAAGUCAUAUUCUUGUGAAUAUCAUGUUUAUAAAAGAAGUCUUACAGAAGAAGAAAAGAAAGAAAAUAUUACAAUAUACUUUCAAGAUGAAGAAGAGACAGUUCUGCCAUGGAAUAUGAAACUUGUAAUGUCUGUGAGUAAAUUAAGUAAUCAAGACAAAUAAUGAAGUUAUCCAAACAAUUUCAUCUGCAUCGGGGUUGUGCUUUUAGUGUGUCUUCUACCAGAAAUGUUGUGGCCUUUACAGCUUUGUAUGUAAAUAUAAUUAUAGGUAUAUGAAAUGAAUAUAUGUUAUUAGGAUUAAUUUUAAAAUAACAGAAAAGUUGCAAGAAUCGUACAAAGAAUGCUGUAUACACUUCAUCCAGAUUCCUCAAUUGUUAAUAUUUUCCUCACUUGCUUUAGUAUAGUGUCUAUCUCAUUAUAUAUACAUGUAUUAUUUUAUUUCUUUGAACCAUUCGAGAGUAAAUUUCAGGCAUGAAUUUCUUCUUUACUCCUACUUGCUUUAAUGUAUAUUAUAUUAACUUAUGUAAGAAAUAGCACCUGCAACCUUCUCUUUCAUAAACACACUACAACUCUUAAAAUCAGGACUAUUUUUUUUUAAUCAUAGGAAAAUCAGGAAUGUUGAUUCAACACUAUACUCUAUAGAAUUUACUCAUUAGUUAUCAGUUAUAUUCUUUGCAGCUAAGAAAAAUAUAAUAGAGCUUAUAUAUGAUCCAAAACAAUGUUUUGUGUAUAACUGUCAUAUUUCUUUGAUCUCUAAAUCGGUAGUUCUUCAGUCUUUGUUUUUUAUUGAAGAGUAAAGGCCAGUGACUCAAAACUUGAGUUUUCCUAAUGUCUUUUCAUGAUUGAAAGUGUGUUUGUGGCAGAGUGACUCGCUCCGUGCGCGACACUGUCUUCAGUGUGUUGCGUCAGGAGGCAGAUGGUCUUGGUUUGCCCCUUUGCUCAUAGGAUGAAGUCUUGCCAGUUUUUAGGGUGUUUCUUGGCUGGUUUCUCCACUAGUCAUCUCUUUUCCCCUCUGAAAUCAAUAAGCAAUUUGUACAGAGAUAACUUGGGAUUAUGUAAAUAUCCUGUUCUUCAUCAAAUGUCCACUCAUUAUAUUCUUUUCAUUAGUUUUGGCAGCCAGUUAUUAUUAUCUGAAUCAUGUUCUGUGAUGGCUGCACACGUCAUGGUUUUUGUUUUUUAAAAUUUAUUUAGUAUUGAGUAUUUACUGUAAGGAACUUUGUUUAUCACCUAUUUAUUUGUUUCUUUGUCAGUCUCCAUUCAAGGAUUUCUAUGUUGUACACUGGUUUAUGUUCUGUUAAUCUCCUUGUUUAUUAUGUGUUUGUAUAUUCUCAGAUUUCACUAGUACAACCCCUCCAAAUUGA